GACUCUCAGCAGCCACCGCACGCUUGGUACCAUGGCUUCCUCCGGGGUGGCGGGUGGGAGACAGGCCGAAGAUACCUUGCAGCCACCGCCCGAGCUGCUACCGGAGUCCAAGCCGCCCCCGCCGCCUCAGCCUCUACCGGUAGCCGCGCUCCCGCCACCGCCGGCUCCGCGGUCUCAGUCCCCCGCAGGCGUGAAGGAGGAGAAUUAUUCCUUUUUACCGUUGGUUCACAAUGUCAUCAAAUGCAUGGACAAGGACAGCCCAGAUCUCCACCAGGACCUGAAUGCGCUCAAAACAAAGUUCCAGGAGAUGCGGAAGCUCAUAGGCACCAUGCCCGGCAUCCACAUGAGCCCUGAGCAGCAACAGCAACAGCUACACAGCCUCCGGGAGCAAGUCAGGACGAAGAAUGAGCUUCUGCAGAAAUAUAAGAGCCUCUGCAUGUUUGAGAUCCCCAAGGAGUAGGGCCAGCUCCCAGGACAGCUGCCAAGGGACUGAAAACCUCACACCUGUGGUGUCCAGUCGGGAGCCUAACUCUAAACUAUGAGGCCACAUGUGCCUGGUGUGGGGCCUUAUUGGCUGUACUCAGCUUUGACUAGCUACGCCUGGGCCUCAUCAGAAGAUCUAGAGGGCACAGGAGAGGAAGUAGCUGUUCCCUUCUUUCCCUCAGCUCCUCCCACUCCUGAUACCAUCAGCGUAUAUCAGGUACAUACUGUUCCCAUUAACAGCAGUUUCAUGAAGCAUUUACAUAGAAUUCGGGGGAAAAUUAGGCCUACACUGAGAUGGCAUGGAUUUAAUAUAAUUAAAGAAGGCUGGGAGCGUGUGAACAUUGUUUUGAAAGGCCAGAGGGUGGGUGGCUUCUCCCCCAAAACUGAGCUACUGAAUUCCAGGUUCCAGCCUCAUAGGCUCUUGCUCCCUUUAUCUCCAUCACUCCAGGCAGUGCUCAGAAUAGCCAAAGCACCUCUUGCCUGGGGCCCUUUGUUCUUCCCACGCUGGCUCAAAGGAGCUGUUAAACCAGGAGCUCUGCCCUGAUUCAUCAGCCCUGGCUUACCACGUCAUCUCUCCUCCAGCCAAGGAGUCAGCCUCAUUUGCUCCUCUGCACAAGGUCCCUGCACACUUCUGAUGUGGAGUGGCUGGAAGGGUAAUGGGGCAGUUCCUCAGCCAGGGGUGUGUGUGGUCUGAGUCCUGUCCAAAGGGCAGGGAGAGCUAAGCCUGGCUCCAUACCUGUGCUCUAGUUGUAGAGUGGCAGCUAGUCCCAGAGAGACACUGUGUUCUCUUCCUCCCGGGGCUGUCACACUAAGGGAGGGUGGCCCUUUCUCAGGAGUAAGGUGAAAAGUACAGAGUAUUGUUUGGAUCUUGAAAUGGGCACAGCCUGGGCUGACCACUUUAGGACUUAGCAGGUGCCUGCCAACUGGCCUUGUUGGCAGGAGUGCUGGCUGGGGAUGGUUUCAGUAGGGGUUCUUGUGGUACUGCCUGUCUGAGAUGCCUCACAGUUGGGACUUGGGAUGUGUGAAAGAGGGUGUUGAGUUGCAGUGGUUUGGGCAGAAAAGUGGGCUCUGAGGCGGAGAGGAGAGCCAAUUAAGCCACGACUACCUGGGAACUGUUACUUAACUGAAUCAGUUAUUUUCCCAUUUUCUGGAAAUUUGAGCAGUGGGUGAGCCAGUUUUAAGGCUCUGCCCCACUUCUGUGAAGCACAGAACACACGACACGCAGGAGCUUCAGACCCUCCUACUAAGCAGAGAGAAAGGCUCCUCGGAGGGCUGGAGGAGGUAGAGACUCAUCUGCAGACAUGGGAAUAAAGUAUGCUGUGCUCUCAGGACA